AUAACGUCUGCCAGGCUGAUCAGAAUAUGAUGAAACUUGGUAGGGUUGCUAGAAAUAAUGUACUUAACAUGUUUUUUUGGGUCUGGUUGCGAUUUUUUGGUUUUGUAAGAAUUUAUGAAACGACCCUCUAUCGAGCUCCAUACUGAAGCCUUAUAACAGCGAUCUCGAAUGUCUAUCUCCCUAAAUAACGUCUGCCAGGCUGAUCGGAAUAUGAUGAAACUUGGUAGGGUUGCUAGGAAUAAUAUACUUAACAUGUUUUUUUGGGUCUGGUUGCGAUUUUUUGGUUUUGUGCGAAGUUCUGAAACGACCCUCUAUCGAGCUCUAUACUGAAGCCUUAUAACAGCGAUCUCGAAUGUCUAUCUCCCUAAAUAACGUCUGCCAGGCUGAGCGGAAUAUGAUGAAACUUGGUAUGGUUGCUAGAAAUAAUGUACUUAACAUGUUUUUUUGGGUCUGGUUGCGAUUUUCUGGUUUUGUGCGAAUUUAUGAAACGACCCUCUAUCGAGCUCCAUACUGAAGCCUUAUAACAGCGAUCUCGAAUGUCUAUCUCCCUAAAUAACGUCUGCCAGGCUGAGCGGAAUAUGAUGAAACUUGGUAGGGUUGCUAGAAAUAAUGUACUUAACAUGUUUUUUUGGGUCUGGUUGCGAUUUUCUGGUUUUGUGCGAAGUUCUGAAACGACCCUCUAUCGAGCUCCAUACUGAAGCCUUAUAACAGCGAUCUCGAAUGUAUAUCUCCCUAAAUAACGUCUGCCAGGCUGAUCGGAAUAUGAUGAAACUUGGUAGGGUUGCUAGAAAUAAUGUACUUAACAUGUUUUUUUGGGUCUGGUUGCGAUUUUUUGGUUCUGUGCGAAUUUAUGAAACGACCCUCUAUCGAGCUCCAUACUGAAGCCUUAUAACAGCGAUCUCGAAUGUCUAUCUCCCUAAAUAACGUCUGCCAGGCUGAUCGGAAUAUGAUGAAACUUGGUAGGGUUGCUAGAAAUAAUGUACUUAACAUGUUUUUUUGGGUCUGGUUGAUAGGUCUUGUUGAGAUUUUUAUAUCAGUUAUGGUGAACCCCAAAAGACGACAAACGACAGUUUGCAUAAUUACGAGUUAUUUAUUGACAGUACAUUGAAAUGGUAAAAAAAAUUUUAUCGAAGGAGAACUUACAUUAUAGAAUAAAACUUGUUACAACACUUAAUUGUUACAAGGGUCUAUAUAUUUAUAUUUUACUAUACUUUAUGCUCAUUUGACCCAUAGAAUGUUCUAUUUACAGCUCCCUGUAGCAUUAUUAGUUAUGGUCGAAAGAGGCAACGGCGUAGAUAAUACAGUUCUGCAUUGUCCUGUUAAAAUUAACGAAACUCUUUUCUUAUCAAAUAUGUUGCCAGGUCAGUAUAAUAAAGAUGCUUGUGUGUAUCGUCUUGCUGCCGUUCUUGUUCAUCAUGGUAAAUCAUCUACGUUUGGCCAUUAUAACUGUGCCAUAUUCAAUGAUCUAGGUGAAGGGCUUAAAUUUGAUGACAGUAAGCAAGUGCCCGUAUCACUUGAGAAAUAUAUUAAUUCGAGGGAAUGUAAAGAAAACUGUCGUAUGUUGGUAUACAUUAACUCUGUUGCUCUAAGAAAUGCAACGCCAACUACAAAUGCGCCUUGGGAAAAAGAAAUGAGCCCCAUCGAUAAUAAAAACGUAGAAAGAAUUCUUUUCGGAUUUGAGAAUAGCCCCAAUGAAGUUAAUCUCCCUGUCGAAUCAUAUAGAACCAUUGCCUGUAAUGAAAAUUUGCAUGGUGAUGUUAUCUCUACAUUUUUACAACAUCUAGCUUUUAAAUUUUUUGGCAAAUCUGACAUUGAAGUCUUGCCAUCACAGGUUUUGACAGCCAUUCUGGAAAAAAGAUCCACCGGACACAUUUUAUCAAAUUCUAUCGAGGAAUACCAACGAAUUCUUGGGGCAACUAUUGUCUUUUUUCCAUUUCACCAAACGAGAAAAGGCUCACCAGGGCACUGGAGCAUUAUUGCUUUGUACCCCGAAAAAAGGCUGGUGGUACAUUGUGAUUCAGCAGCAAGUGACGGUGGCGAGGAAAAUGCCUUCUUUGCAAUUAAUGUUUUCAUUUCCAAAUUACUUUCCGUUGCAAAAAAAGAAUCAGAAAUACCUAACUGGGUCUAUCUUUCAUUAACCGAAUACGGACUCCAGCAGCAAUUCGAUACACACAGCUGUGGGGUAUAUACAUGUGUAAAUGCUUAUUGUCUGGUUACUUUGACGGAUUUCGAGAUUUUCCAAACUGACCUUAUACCGAUAAGAUAUUGGAUAGGGAAAGCUUGCAUCGAUGGCGCAGAAUAUGUAGGUAGAAGAAGGUCCACGAAUGCCACUGUUUGGGGUGCAAUAGAAACAGACGAGCGAGAGAUUUCAAAGCAUAAUUAUCAUGCAGAUCGUAACUGCAAACCUUUUGCUACGCUAAAAUCAAUUAUAGACUCGCCCGAUCUCUCCGAAAACGUUGCUACUAUUGAAACAAUAUCAGAUGACGCAGAAAGUAAUAACAAUCCUAGGGAAGACACUAGUUUGACAACUGAUAGCAAUACAGAUAAUGAUACAGACGAUGCCAACGAUAAUGACACAGACGAUACCAACGAUAAUGACACAGACGAUACGCAGGAAGACAUGCAUUUCAGAUCAAAAAAAUUCCGCAAUGCUUUUCUAAGCUAUGCAGAAUCAGAAUUGGAACCAUUUUUGACACGCUUUAAUAACGAUACUGCACCCAAAAGAAAACAUGACAAAAGGAAUUUAUCAGAGCGGCUGACUGCCCUUAUCACCCUUGGUAAUAAGGAAUAUGAAGAAUUUGCUAAUUUCGAGUUACAUAAUUUCUUUUACAAAACAUUCGGAAAGUCAAUUUGGCGCAUCAUGUCUCGUUACACCGCUUUACUCAUCGAGAUGGUAAGGACAGAUAAUGACUCUGUAGCAAGCCUCCAAUAUAAGUUUAAAUAUAACAUAGAAAGAUUACUUGGUCAUACUCGCGCAAAUCUAACAGAUCUGUUCUUGUUUCCAGAACAACUUACUCAUUUCGUAAUGAAAGAAUAUCAUCUCUCCUUUAAAGAAGCGACUGCAAAACUUUACUCUACCGAACAGCCUAGAAAUACGGUGUUCUUUAAUGCAAUUAAACACUCAUAGAACCCAGUGACUUUGCUUUCCUAUUUCCUCGAAUCCUCGGCAGUAUUGUAAAUGAUCAUCUGUACAGUGACACAUUUGUGAAAAAAUUGUAAAAUAAAAUGAAAACAGAAAGUAGAUUAGAAACGUAAUAUAUUUCAUUAGUUUAGACGAUAUUGAAUUUAUUUCAACACUACGCAUUUUAAACGGCUGUGAUGAAGCCCCGUAUGAAGGAGCAGUAUAUCAUUAAAAUCUACUUCAUGUUUAACAUUUUGUUAAUUGACCAACGUUCUUGAUACAUUAUUCAGCAAUUAGUUAUAGUUUAAAUAAAUUUUGUUUUCACAUUAAUACCGUUUGAAAGCAAAUGUUGAUUGAUUGGCAAAUUCCCGCGUAGUAGAAUAAUAAUUGUAAGUUUUCCUAUACUCCACGCAUUUAACAAGUUGAUCUUUAUGGCCAUAGUCCUGUUUUAGUCUACAACUUUCGUAUAAGUAGUCUAAAUCGAUGUAUCUAAAUAAUUUAAAUGUUUAUUAGUAAUCAAAUAUGUUAAACAGGUCUUUUCGCUACAAGUUGCAAAGAAACACAAAGU